AUGAAGGACUUGUUGCUCGCUGCCGAGGAAGUGGCCGUAAGUUGUUGAUGUUGUUGUGAUCUGUCCGUGAUAAGAGUAAGCUGCUUUGUGAGGAUUUGGGUAUCAGGUUAUAAGAGUGGACGAUUGGAGGGGUGUUGUAAGGACGGUUUAUUAUUGUAAGGAAAGAAUGAGUAGGCGCUUAGAAAGAAAAGAAUGAGACUGUGAGAUUGAGGAAGUGUUGCGCUUGUUGGUGGGUUAUAUAAGGGAAAUCAGUGUCUUCAUGGGCACAAGAGUACAAGUAUCAAUAUUAUCCUGAAUUUUCAUGUAAAAAUUUGCCCAAUGAAAGUGAUUAGACAAAUUGUCCGUUGGAAGAAAGCCUCAAAAAAUGAAAUUUUUUAAUUUUUAAAACAAAAUUUUUAGUUUUUAAAUAAAAAAAACCAAUUUUUAGGUUAACAUUGUAAUAAAAAUGUCUAUGCAAAGCCCUUUUACAGCAUUUUUCAACAUUUCUUAAAGCUUUUGCAUGUGUACAUAGUCUUUUCGGGGGUAGAUUACACCUCGCAAGCUCCAAACUUUAUAUCCUUGCGUGGGGGUCACAUUAGUGUCCUCGUCUACGUUUAAAUUCACAACUAUAGUCGAGGAAACAUUAAAAUUUUUGUUUUAGAAGCGUUUUGGAAUUACAUUGUAAAUCUGUUGCUAGGCAGUUUUGUUUAAUUUAAUUUUGAGUCUUGGCACGAAAAUAUGCAUUCAGUAAAUUUUGGGUGAAAAAUUAAUUUUUUGGGGCAAAUUUGAUAAGGUGUAAAGUAAGAUGAUAUUUUAUAAUUUGGUUUUGUUUAUGAGCUUUUCUUUCUAUCAAGGGUACCUUGAAAGCUAUUACGGUGUUCACAUGAUUCUGCGCCUCUAACUCCACAAAUUUGAUUUGGAAGAGGGCACAUAAUUAUUUGAACAACCUAUUACAAAUCUUAAUUUUAUAACUUGCCUGCAGCCCUAUACCUCCAAAAACCUAUACCUAUAUCAAAACACUGUCAACUCUGUCACUUCCUAACCUCAUAUCCAUCCACACCGUAGGCCCUAAAUUGAAUCAGUUCGUGAUUGUUUUUGCCUCGUUUGCCGUUCCAAACAGAAAAUUUAAAAUAGAUGGCCAUUUUGCAGGACGAAAUGGCGUCCAGUGGAAGCGACAACGAAGAAGCCCAAUUGGCCCAGUGCCAAGCCUACGUCCAUCGCCACAACAUCCAACAACUGGUCAAGGAGGCGGUGGUCAGUUUGUGCAUCCACAAGCCCGACAACCCGGUCCUAUUUCUGAAGGAGCAUUUCGAGAAGUUGAACGAGCAUAGGGCGCAGGUCGGUUUUUGA